UGCCAUUGCCGAUGGAUCUAGUCUUCCUAACCUUAGUCUAGCCCAGGUUUUGGUUUUGUUUUGCAGGUGCGCUAUUUGGACUCGGGUUCACGUUCAGAUUUGGCCUCGUGAGAAUUGACUUCCAUCUUUCCGCCCCUCCCACGACCUUUUGACUUCCCCGUCACCACUUCUGCGAUUUAGCAUCCUCCUCUACCCACAGAUAUCUCCUCAGAAGUCGGCAAGAUGCUAUCGCGAACCUCUGCUAGAGCUGCCCAGCGCCUGGCGCGACAGGCCGCCCGCCAGCAGCCUCAGAUUGCCGCCCGAUCAUAUGCCACCGUCGAGUCCGACCUCUUCCGGCCUACCAAGUACGGCAGCAAGUACACCGUCACCCUCAUCCCCGGCGACGGUAUUGGUGCCGAGGUCGCUGAGAGCGUCAAGACCAUCUUCAAGGCCGACAAUGUCCCCAUCGACUGGGAGCAGAUUGAUGUCUCCGGUGUCGACUCUGGCUCCCCCGGCGCCGCAAACGAGCUCUUCCGCGAGUCCAUUGCUUCCCUCAAGCGCAACAAGCUCGGCCUCAAGGGUAUCCUCCACACCCCCCUCGAGCGAUCCGGCCACUCCAGCUUCAACGUCGCCAUGCGUCAGGAGCUCGACAUCUACGCCUCCAUUGUUCUCAUCAAGAACAUCCCCGGCUACGAGACCCGCCACAAGAACGUCGACCUGUGCAUCAUCCGAGAGAACACCGAGGGAGAGUAUAGCGGUCUCGAGCACCAGAGCGUCCCCGGCGUCGUCGAGUCCCUCAAGAUCAUCACCCGCCCCAAGUCGGAGAGAAUCGCCAAGUUUGCUUUCGCUUUCGCCAAGGCCAAUGGCCGCAAGAAGGUCACUUGCAUCCACAAGGCCAACAUCAUGAAGCUGGCCGAUGGUCUCUUCCGCAACACCUGCAAGGAUGUUUCCGCCGAGUUCCCCGGCAUCGAGUACAACGACAUGAUCGUCGACAACGCCUCCAUGCAGUGUGUCUCCAAGCCUCAACAGUUCGACGUCAUGGUCAUGCCUAACCUCUACGGUGGCAUCCUGUCCAACAUCGGUGCUGCCCUCGUCGGUGGCCCCGGUAUCGUCCCCGGUUGCAACAUGGGCCGCGACGUCGCUGUCUUCGAGCCCGGUUGCCGUCACGUCGGUCUCGACAUCAAGGGCAAGGACCAGGCCAACCCCACUGCUCUGCUCCUGUCUGGAUCCAUGCUCCUGCGCCACCUUGGCCUCGACGACCACGCCAACCGCAUCUCCAAGGCCGUCUACGAGGUCAUCGCUGAGGGCAAGUCCCGAACCCGCGACAUGGGUGGUGACGCCACUACUCACCAGUUCACCCGCUCCAUCCUUGACAAGCUGGAGACUUUGUAAAUCAUGGCUACGACCACCUGAUUAAUCCUCAAAUUGAUACCACCCGCCCGACUGCACCAACCUUUUCCAUACACGAUGUUUCAUAGACCAAGAUCUUAUUCGGCGCGAUUGGGGAUGAUACGCAUGAGUGCAUGGAGUCACGGGCAUCUGAUGAACCACUUCGGCUUGUACUGUAGGUAGAUAGGAUACAAUAAUCCAGUUGACUGAAUCCAGGCUUGCAUCUUGACGAGAUUCUAAAUUUCAU